AUGGGUGAGAGAGAAUAUGCACCAGAGUGGCUUGAGUUCGAGGCCCAGUUAGGAUAUCGCCCGCAGCUUCACAGUCCAUUGUCGCGCACGCUGGAGGAAUGGGGAUCGCUUUUGAAUGAUCUAUCGGCUCGGUUUUCCUUGCCCCAGGCAGACACCACCUCCAUCAGGUCCGUGGAUAUGGAGAUCGCUCCAGAAAAGAUCCCGAUCCGUAUCUACUUCCCAGAAGACACACAUGUCCAACGCAACGUUCCCCUGGCGGUCUAUGUCCAUGGAGGGGGCUGGGCCAUGGGGGAUCUUGACUCCGAGGACUUUCAACCUCGGACAAUAGCCAAAGAAGCUAGAAUGGUCGUUGUCUCUGUCGAUUAUCGUCUCGCUCCAGGUCAUCCAUUCCCCGACGGAUUGAACGAUUGUGUACGGGCAAUUUCGUGGACAAGCUCGAAUUCUACGAAGCUGGGAGCGACGACGCAAGAAGUCAUCGUGAUAGGGGGCUCUGCGGGCGCCAAUCUCGCCAUUGCCUCGGCCUUGAAGAUCAUCGAUCAAGGUCAGAAAUCGAUUCUGAAGGGUGUUGCGGCGCUGGUGCCUGUGACGGUCCAUCCUGACGCCGUACCAUUGAAAUUCCGGAAUCGGUACAGAUCCUACGACGAAGAAGCUGACUGUCCGAUCGACACAGCGGAUGCUAUGCGUGGCCGAGGCGGCUUUUGGGACGCUUACACCAACGAAAUUUCCAGUCACACCUCGGUCUUGUUGCAUCCCAGGCUGCACGAAAUGCCCCCAACAUACAUUGCCGUGGCGGAAAAGGAUGUCCUUCGUGACGAUGGGUUACUCCUGAAACACGUUCUGGAAGAAUACGGCGUGCCGGUAAAGUGCGACAGCUACAGAGGACUGCCUCACUACUUCUGGUCCUUCCCCGGGCCCUCUUUGGCGAACAAAGCACGGGAGUUCCAGGAGAAUCUGUUGAAAGGGCUGGAAUUUGUCAACGUAUAA